AUGGCAUCAAGAUUCGGCCCGUCCUCCCUCCACCAGCGCGACUCCCGCAGCGCCCUCUUCGAGGGCUACAACGACGGCUCCCGUCGUCCACCGAGCGCCGGUCCCAGCGGCGGCUACGGCUACGGCUAUGCCGGCGGCAACAGCAACGGCGCGACGUCUUCGCCUGCCUUUGGCGCGCCGGGCGGCUUCCGGUCUGCGACCCCAAACCGCAAGGGCCAGUACAGCGACGCCGUGCUCAACGAGCUCGAGAGCCAGAACGAUGCCCAGGUUGAGGGUAUCCUGGGCAAGGUCAAGAUCCUGAAGGACAUGACACACGCCAUUGGCGACGAGAUUCGCGACUCCUCGGCCCUGGCGGAGAAGAUGAACGACACGUUUGACUCGACGCGGCUGCGCAUCCGCGGCACCAUGAACAGGAUGCUCGUCAUGGCGCAGAAGACCGGCGUCGGCUGGAAGGUGUGGCUCGCCUUCUUUGCCGCCGUUGGCUUCCUGUUCUUCUACGUCUGGGUCUUUUAG